ACAGGAGUUCGUGCUUCAGCAGAGAUUGCUCGGAAGGACUUGAGUAGAAUGAACAGAUAUAAAACCAUCAUUAAGAGCGCUGCCAAAAAGUACUGUGUGGAUCCAUCUGUGGUUGCUGGUAUCAUCUCCCGAGAGUCACAUGCUGGAGCUGCCCUAAAAGAUGGCUGGGGUGAUGGUGGAAAUGGAUUUGGUUUGAUGCAGGUUGAUAAACGCUCCCAUAGACCAGUUGGAAAAUGGAAUAGCCAGGAACAUCUCAAUCAGGGGACAGGCAUCCUUGUUAGUAUGAUAAAUGGAAUCAAAAGAAAGUUCCCUAAAUGGACCAAGGAACAACAGCUGAAAGGUGGGAUUUCUGCCUACAAUGCAGGAGUAGGAAACGUCCGAACCUAUGCUGGAAUGGAUAUUGGCACAACCCACAAUGAUUAUGCCAAUGAUGUAGUUGAACGAGCCAAGUUUUAUAAGAGAAAUGGAUAUUGAAUAUGGGCGUUUUCUUUUCAGAUAUACAAUGGUUCUUGCAGUGACUAGUGUUCAGGAAAGAUACUAUAUAUUUGGGGGAGAUCAGAAGCUGGAACCUGCAAAAUUUAAUGCUGUAAAUAUUGUCAUUGACUGAAUGGGAAGACUUGCUUAAAUAAGAGUUAACAGUCUCAGCCACCAAAUUUUUACAUUCUCCAGUCUUGGAUAUAUGGUAAUUUCAAAACAAAUUUGGUCUUGGUCUUACUAAAAGGAAUAGUAAUAAUCAGAGAGGAUAGACCAUUAUUAAAAUGCUUGUUUCUCUGGAUUAUUAAAGCUUCUCUAUCUGACUAUUGCUAAUCAUCUGCCUUCCAAUUUUCAAGCAACAACAUAAGAUAUUUCAAUAUCUACUGCUGUCUUAACAAUAAAAAAGGAAAGUAAUCCGUUGG